AUGCUCCAGUUCGCUAACGAGAUUAUUCUCGAGAAACUGGAGCGACUCAACUCCACCAAUAAACGAACUCUAACAGCCUUAAACGCUGCAGUGUAUGCCGUAGCCAAAGCCAUAACAACGGUCUUGCUAGAAGGCGAAGCAGAGAAAACGGGGUUAAUGUACCAGAAGCUGAGAGAAUCUAAAGCGCUGAGGAGCUCCCUUGUGGGCAUGAUCUCAACGCUAUCGCACGAACUCAGCAGAAGGGCUAGAAACCGUGGUGCUCCCACCGAGCAAUAUCUGCAAAUCGCCAGAAUGCAAAGAGUUUCAACGACCACAGAGGUCCAGCGACUCCUGGCAAGAUUCAAGGAUGAGCUGAAAAUUGUAAACUCUGAAGUGAGAUUGAAAGAGACUGCCCUAAAGCGCCAAAAAGAACGACAGAGGGGUUACCCAGCUGUUGCAAGGGAGCCACGAGAAAGGGAAUCUGAUGUACCAGUUGCGGAGGAAACGUGGACGAGUAUAUUCGCCAAGAUGAAACCUUGGAAAGCAACAGGGCCAGAUGGCAUACAGGGGUUCUGGUGGAAAAAGAUACCUGAAGCCAAAAAGCGGCUGGUGGCAUGGUGCCAAGAAGCACUGUGUAAGCCACGUAUCAUACCAAGAUGGUUAUGCAGAGGAAAGAUCGUUUUGAUCCCAAAAGGAAACUCUGAGGCCCGCGGGCCCGGAGAUUACCGCCCGAUAGCAUGUUUGAAUACAUGCUAUAAAGUUCUAACUGCCAUGAUUGCGAAGCAGAUACUCCAGAGCGCAGGUGAUGUGCUCCCUCCGGAGCAGGUAGCCUUGCGCAAAGGGAUCUGGGGCUGCACUCAUGCGCAUAUUUUGGAUCAAACGGUAUGUAAAGACGCCUUGAGGCGCAAAAAUAUACUGCAUACCUUAUGGGUAGAUAUGACCAAAGCCUUUGACUCGGUGUCCCAUGGCGCCAUUAAGUGGAUAUUGGCCAGAGCUGGAGUACCAUACCCCACUAGGAGAUUGCUCUCAGCUAUAAUGGCCAAGCAAAGCGUUCAAUAUUGUGGGACCCACAACGGCAAGAUGGUCAAGAGUGAACCGCUAGAGGUCAAGAAGGGCGUGAUGCAGGGUGACACACUCAGUCCGCUCUUAUUCUGCAUGGCAAUCACCCCAAUAUCGGCGUGGCUGAGAAAUAACAUCAGCCCGUACAGGACAUCAACUGGGGCGAUGAUGAUGCUAGAAGGACCACUAGAGAUCAACCAUCUUUUCUAUAUGGAUGAUCUGAAGGUUUACUCACCCAGAUGGGAUGAUAUAGUGAAAGCCCAAGAGGGCAUCCAGAAAGUGGCUGGAGAGUUAGGAUUCGAAUGA